UUCGCAUGCCAAUUUGACAUUCUCACUUCUCCGUCCGUCACCGUCCUUGGACGACCUUCUGGUUCCGCCAUCGCUACCAUCAUCUCUCUCUCUCUCCCUCUCUCCCCGUCUCCAAUGGCGAAACCACUAUUUGCCUCGCCCCUCUCGCCUCUGAUACGCUCCCUCUCUCUCCUCUCCCUUCUCUCUCUUCUCCUCAUCCAUCUCUCUUCCUUGAAAUGCCUCGCCGAUUCCCACUUCGAGGGCUUCGAUGCCGACGACGAAGACGAAUCGUUCGAGGCCCUGCAGUUCUCCGAUCUCCGAUCCCCUCCUCUGACUCAAUCCGAAUCGCACCCUCCUCCGUCUCCUCCCUCGGCUAAAUCCGAAUCCGGAGAUGUCCCGACUCCGGAUCCGAAGGUGAUUCAUGACUCGGACCUCCCAACUCCCUCUCAGGAUCCUCUGAAGCCCUCUUCCGCGGGCUUUGAUUUCUGGGACGAAGACGAAUUCGAAGGCCUUCCCGUCGUUGAACGACCCGCGGAGUCCAUCGAAGUUACCCAAGAUGCCACUGCACCUAGCGGCCCCAGCCCGGACCUCAAACCGGCGUCGAAAGAUAAGCCGACUUCGAGAUCUUAUACCGUGGAGAUUGCGUGCAUAAGUUUCUUGGUGAUGUUCGGGAUCAACUUUUUCACUGGCAAGCGCGAGAAUGAGAACCUUGCGCUUGCUUGGGCGACCAAGUUUGCGACGAAGGAUUCCAUUUUCGAGAAGAAUUUCAGCUUGUUGGGUGUUGGGGAAGGAGAUGACUCGCCUCUUUUGCUCAAAGAAGGGCAGAAUGUAUUCAAAUUUUACGCGAGUGGACGAAGAUUUUGCCAAGGUCUAUUGGCGACUAUGGAGUUAAAGAGCAGGCAUGAUUUGAUAUCGAGGAUGUACAAUCUGAUAGUGCCAUGCCGUGAUGAGAUUACUUUUGAGGUCUACAUGAACGAUGAUGCCAUGGAUCAUGUGAUUUUUGCUGUGACAAAGAAGAAGGCAGCUAAAGGGAUGCAGAAAGAAGUGAGGGACUUGCAGAGAUUUGCUGGACUUCUAUCACCUCCUGGUGGGAGGAAGUGGGUUGCUGAUGAGUUGGCGGUUAUUUCAGAGUCCAAGGAGGUUGCUGGGGAUCUGAUAACAGAGGCGGUGCUUGAUCAGGUGCUGGGGGAUAAGGCUUUUGAAAAAUUUGGAAAGGGUUUUAUUUCCAUGCAUUUCUCUGAUCAGCACUCUACUGCUCACAAGAAGAUGCUAUUGUUUAAGUUUGCUCUCCCAGAUGCUAAUCACAUGGCGGAUAUGACACGUUUGGUGGCUCUUGUACCAUAUUACAUUGAUCUAGUAGGGCGUUACAAGCUUAGUUCUCAGGCACGGUCCAAAACCGAAGCUACCAGAUCAAAGGCUCUCCAAGAGGCAUAUAAAGAACUCCAUAAUGCCAGGCAAGAAGCCAUGCAGAAAAAGAAGGCAGAGAAAAAGAGGAUGUUGGAAGAGGCUGAAGCAAAACUUAGUGCAGAGUCUCUUCGGAAGAAAGAAGCUAAGGAGCGUGCCCGCCAAAUGAAGAAAUCAAUGCCAAAGAUGAAGAUGACCCGUGCUCACUAGAUUCUGGAGCCAAUCAAUUUUCGGUCUAUGAAUUAGCUAUAGUUUCUGGAGCAUUUUCUUCAGCCCUCAUGUCUGUCGCUGUCCUGUUGUACCCUAGUCUCUUAUUUUAGCCAUCUUUCGCCUCCCCUAUGGAUCCCAAAGGUUCCGGGAUUUUAUGCUUCGAGAGUUAGUGUAGUAAUUUCCUUGCUGCGGAUACCUUUGAACCUAGUGUCCGUUUGUUUCGUGUAAACUGCUUUUUGGUCCUAGGAGAUAUUUCGUUUCAAAUAAUUUUGAAAGAAA